AUGUCGCAGAGGGUGGAUGGCUCCCUGGAGCAGGUCGAGUGCUGCAAGGAGCAAACAGAACAAGCGGUGGGGAUGGUAGCUCGCCUGGCCGAGACACUGCAGAAGCAAGCAAUGGAUUCGUACAACAUGGAGCAGGCACUCGUGAAAUCUGAGAGCAAGCUGAUCGGUCUUCAGGCGUCCUCUGUGAGCGUUCUUGAAGGCCGUCUGAGGGCGUUUGUCAAAGCAGAGCUGGAAAGUGCCGUCCUGACAGCCAUGCAGGAAACUCGGGUACUGCCGCGUCUGCAGGUGCUGGAAAGGGACCAUCGCAAGCUUGGUGAUGCCGUGGAGGAGGAGACGCGCUGGCUUCGAGAUGCCGUGGAGGCGAUCAGCGAAAGUCUGGGCCUGGACCUUGCGAAUGGAGAUGAGGAUGGAGUGAAGUCGCUGUCUCCCAGUGUGCAGGGGCGGGACUCCCGCGCAAUGUCUCCCAGCAGUCCAAACGAUGCGGCAAUGGGUGGACUCACGUCCCCGGAGGGCCGAAAUGCAGCCCUCUUCGCGCAGCUGGACACAAAUGGAGACGGCGACGUCAGUCUGCAGGAGUUCCAUGCGGCCAAGGUCGCGGAGGGACAGCAGAAGGCGGACGUCUUCGAGAAGUUAGAUGCCGACAUGGACGGCCGUGUGAGCCGAGAGGAGUUUGCCUCGGCCACGGUGGCCGCGGCACGCCCACCUCGGCUAUCCAGUGACGGCGUCGAGGCAGAGGCGAAGCGGGCCAGCCAAGACGCGGGCCUAAAGGCCGACGAUCUGAAUGCAGAGCUGGACAUCGCGGAGCUCGCCUCCCAGCUUGCCGCGCGAGGAGACAGUUUUGAUGUGGGAUCUGCUUGA